AUGACCAUUAAUCGACCGGCGUGCGAUGUUCAGCAACAUCCUGCAACGGUACUCGCGGUAGCUGAGGACGCCGGGAACCUGCAGCCGGAAGCGACCAGCAGCGGCCGGGGCUACAGCUACCACCAUCAUUUCCGGCGCACCGGUCGUCGUUCUUGGAGUACUCGGUUUCCGCUGUUUCUAUUGCUUCUCUUGUUCGGGACCGGGACCAUCUCGGCGCAUCCACGCAAUGAGAAGGAAAACUUUGUCAAAACCACGGACGUGGAAGCAAUCGAGGACCACCAGGCAGUGCUGUACUGUCCGCUUCUAGCGUCGAACCGGGACAAAAUCAAUAUGGUGCUUUGGUUCCGGGACAACGCCGGCAUCCCACUGUACAGCCUGGACGUACGUGGCAAAUCGUUAACCGAUGCCCAACAUUGGUCGGCGCCGCAGGUGUUCGGACCUCGCGCUCGUUACGUGAUCGAGAGUGACCCAGCGUAUUUGGAAUUGAACGAAAUUAAACGCCAUGAUCAGGGAAUUUAUCGCUGCCGGGUUGACUUUCAGAACAGCCAAACGCAAAGCUUUCGCUUCAAUCUCACCGUGAUUAUACCACCAUCGCAGCCAGUCAUCCUGGACCGCUGGGGACGCGUCAUAAAUAGUACAAUAAUCGGACCAAAGGAGGAAGGAGAUGAUAUACUGCUGACCUGCCGCGUGGUUGGAGGCAGACCGCAGCCCGAUGUGCUCUGGUUCAUCAACGAUAAUCUGGUGGAUAAUCAGAUCGAACAGAACACCGGAAACAUUAUCGAGAAUCGCCUGCUGUGGACGUCCGUGCAGCGCCAGCAGCUGCACUCGGUCUUCACGUGCCAGGCGUCGAACACGAAGCUGAUGCAGCCCCGGACCGCCAAGUUCGAGCUUGACAUGUACCUAAAACCCCUGGCGGUGAAGAUACUAAACUCAACCGAAUCGUUGGCCGCCCACCGCGAGUACCAGAUCGUCUGCCAGUCGACCGGUGCCCGACCGAACGCCAUCAUCCAGUGGACGAAGGGCAAGAAGACGCUGAAGCGGGUCCGCGAGCACACAAUCCGCAACACAACCGUUUCGGUGCUGACCUUCGUGCCGACGGUCGAGGACGACGGCCGACUGCUCGGCUGCCGCGCACAAAAUCCCAAGGUUCCCGGACUCUUCCUCGAGCAUUUCCAGAACAUCAGCGUGCACUAUCCUCCGCUGGUGAACCUUCAGCUCGGCUCAACCCUCGCCAUGGACGACAUCAAGGAAGGGGACGACAUCUACUUCGAGUGCAAGAUACAAUCAAACCCGACGUGGCGACGCCUCUCCUGGCUACACAAUGGAGUGCAACUACCUCAGAACUCGUCGUCGACGAAAAUUGUCCGCUCGAACCAGAGCCUGGUCAUCCAGAAAGUGACGCGCUCGUCGAGUGGCUCGUACCAGUGUGGCGCACUCAACUCCGAGGGAGAAACGCUCAGCAACGAAAUCGUGCUCAACAUCAAAUACGUUCCACUGUGUGCCACGGACAAGAUCGUCAGCAUGGGUGUGUCGCUGGACGAAACUAUCACCGUCAGUUGUGAUAUCAUCACGCAUCCGCUCGCCAGCAAGUUCUAUUGGCGGUUUGAAAAUUCCGAGGAAGUGCUAGAGAUCGAGCCGCACCGGUACUCCAACAAUGGGUCCAGCAGUCACAUGCAGUACACACCGGCCAGCGAGCAGGACUAUGGCACGCUGUCCUGCUGGGGCACGAACGAGAUUGGCACGAUGGCGGAGCCGUGCAUUUUCCACCUGAUAGCCGCCGGGUUACCAACGUCCGUUAUUAACUGUUCCUGGCGAAACUUCACCAACGGGCUGGAGGUUAGCUGUCACCCCGGCUACGACGGUGGGCUGAAGCAGUCCUUCGUCCUGGAGAUGGUUUCGUCUCGUCAUGCUGGCCUCAGCAUAAACUUUACCGGGCCCGAGGAGCCCACCUUCAGCAUUCGGUCCUUCGACGAGAUCCGUCAGCAGCUGCCGGCAGCGGUCCUGGUCCUUGCCGAGCCCGAUUCGCUCAAACUGUACGUCUACUCCGUCAACCUGAAGGGUACCAGCCCGCGGGUGUUCAUCGCAGACCUCCCGCUCCCGGUGGCCCCGAUCGACCGAGCGGCCGGCAGUGACGGUGGCGACCGCAAGUCUCCACUCCUGACGCCCAUCCUCAUCGGCCUGUUCCUAACCAUCGUGCUGAUCAUUAUCGUCAUCAUCGUUAGAAUUUAUCUGAAAUCGAAAAGACUUAAGCAAAACAUCAACAAAGAGAAGCGGUACACGGAGGAGUCGAAAAACACGCUCCUGCUGGUGGACAUCUCGAAGGACAAACCCACGAAGGCCACCAAAUGGAUGAACAACGUCGGCAGCAGCAUCAAGACGAAGACGAAAAUAGAAACAAUCGACGACGAGCAGGACCCCGAUCUGAUACCGUAUCCUCGCUUGACGGACAUCCACCAGGAGGAGCUGAUUCCGAUGAACUCGGGCGGAUCGUCCUUUACCAUCAAGCACCAGCAGCCGGCGGGCCAGCCGCUGCACCUGGACCAGGAGCCGGAUAAGGAUCGGUUCUACCAUCCGCAGCAGCAGCAGCAGCAGCCGCCGUUGGUGCCGCAGCAACAACCAAAAGCCGGAGGCCGGAGCUUCGUCCGAGACGACGAGAUCUCCGAGGCGGAAAUCAACCUGAAAGGAAUUGAGGACUUCCUAAUGACAAACCGUGUCCCGGAAAGUUGUGUGUGA